CGAAAGAGAAAGUGAAAGUUUGUGAAAUGACCUACACGUAUGACUAUGGCUUGGAUAAAGCAACUUAGAUCACUAUGACUUCCCUCCUUUAUGGUCUUUUUUCCGUGUUUUUCACAGCUGCUGUCUCACAAUCUAUUGAUGAUGUUCGUUGGCUGCCAUGUCGGUUUAGAGACGAACAAGUCCAUAUAGUCGAGGAAAUAGUCCUGGGGAAACCGAUGAGAGUAAAUGAAACAAGAUAUCAACUUCGAGAUGCUGUAUUGCAGUUUGGUCAGCCCGGAGAUAGUCCUGUGCAUUCGGAGAUAAUAACCUUCCUUGUCACGGCCUCUAAGGUGGACGUGCGACGGCACUUUAAAGGGGGAUUGGACACUCUUGAAUGUGAGCUGCACAGGCACCGCACGGGCGCUUCGCCGGUGCGCUGGCCCAGCAUGGGAGCCCAGGAGCGCGACAACUGGUUUACCUGCACACUGCGCCACACGGAGGGGCUCUUCGUUAUCACUUAUUUCCUCAGACACAGUCCCAUUGCUCCCAAUGUUGUGCAGCCAGACUUCCAGCAGUGGGUUCCAGUUGCAGAUAGAGACACAAUCACCACCUCAGCUGUAAUGAUGGUGUUGACCAACACCCCCUCUCUGGAGGUCGGCCUGAUGAAGGAACAGAGCCUGAACUGUGAGUUUGCUGUAGACCACAAGUCGGCCCACCUCACUGUGGAGUGGCACCUGCAGCGCAAAGGUCAACGCUCAAAGCUCUUCAGCUACUCCAGCCGCACGGGCCAGACUGAGGGCAGUGGUGUGUCUGUGAAGGCCAUCGCCAGGGGAGACGCGUCGCUCAAGAUCCCCCUUACAAGGGAAACCAGUGAGGGCACCUACGUCUGCUCUGUGCACGUGCUUCCACUCUCCGGCGGCCAUGACAUCACCCUGAACAUCAUGGAGCCUCCUCGUGUGUCCCUGAAUGUGAACUCUCAGGUGUCUCUGUCCGAGGGGGAGUUGCAGAGGGUGGAUUGUGAGGCGGCGGGCUUCUACCCCCUGGAUGUGCACAUGGAGUGGCUGAAGGAGUCUCUCACCCCGGGAGCGAGCCGCAUGCCCGAGGUGCUGAAGGUGGUCAUGUUCUCCAACCACCGCCACAACCCGGACGGCACCUACACCCUCACUGCCUAUUUCCUGCUCAAGCCCACACUCCGGGACUCUGGGUACCGCUACACGUGCAGAGUGUCUCACGAUGCCCUGCGAAUGCCCAUCCGGAAGAGCUUCAACCUCAUUGUCACGGAGAAGGAUUCGUAUCUGUGGUACCUGCCUCUUAUUCUGUCCAUACUUGGACUUGGAGUCUUUGCUUUCCUGUGGUCCAGACGACGUGCAGUACCAAAAGCACCUAAGGGUGUGUAUGGCCGCGCCUAGAACUGAAGAGUAAGAAGAGUUUUAAAAUGUGGCAUACUGAUUGCGGAAAAUCCCUUGAUUCUGUUCACACUUGAAGCACUCCAACAGCGGGUUAAUGUUGGAGUUUAUGCACUUUUGAGUUGGCUGACAAAAGUGAAAUACCUUUGGAUUCCUUGGAUCAAUUAAAGUACAACGCUCACUAUGACAGUGGUAGUUAACAAUUUGGAAGAUGACUGAUCCAUUUUUAAUUUUGGAUUAAAGGAAUCAAUGAAACUGUUUUAGCCUACUGAUGUUUGCAAUGCUUAUUUAUGUUCAAUAAAUAUAUUUAAUUUCUUCA